AUGGACAGAAAUUCUAUCUAUAGUUCUUUUGCUGCUAUUCGCACUGUUGUCAAAGAAGACAUCAAAGCUUCUUGUGCUGAACUGGUGUACGGAACAACUCUACAACUUCCUAGUGAUGUGAUAGAAACAUCUAUCAUUCCACCUUCUGACGACAUCUUUGUCGAUCGCCUGCGAAAUGCGAUCCGUGAAUUGAAUCCUGUAGUGACAUCUGCACAUGAUAAAACAAAGUUUUUUGUAAAUUCAUCUUUAGAAACUUGCUUGCAUGUAUUUUUAAGGAUAGACAAUGUGAAACCUCUUUUUUGCCAGUCCUACAUAGGUCCUCACAAAGUUUUAGAACGGACACAGAAAAAUUUUACCAUCGAACUAAAUGGCAGGACAUCAACCGUUUCCAUAGAUCGCUUCAAGCCGGCACAUUUGAUUCCUACUUGCGAAGAACAAACUCCAAUUCUUUCUGCAGAAAAAACUGUCUCUGGAGCAAAUUUUCGGUCGGACAAACAACAGUCUGACGAUCCAACUGCACCAGAUAAAACUGUGGCAUCUAGAUCUGGCAGACGCGUUCAUUUCCCAUCGAAGCUAUCAACAUACAUCACCUAUUAA